GCGGGGUUGGGGGGCGGGAGGGCGGGGAUCCUCUCUGGACUGGUAUUGUGCCUUAGGUCCUGGGCGGGGAGGGAAGGGGAGGAAAAUACUGGCACCCCUUCUCUCCUACGUCGCCUUGAAAUAGAUUUGAGGAGCUGCCCUUCUUCCCCCCUCCCCCCUUUCCUGCUGAUCGUUUGGCAUCAUCCAGACCAUGUCUACUGGGUCCCUCAGUGAUGUGGAAGAUCUGCAGGAGGUGGAGAUGCUGGAGUGCGAUGGCCUGAAAAUGGAUACCAACAAAGAGUUUGGGGCGUCCACCGAGAGCAACGAGGAGGGAUCCAAUGGCGAGAAUGGCUCCCCUCAGAAGGGGAGAGGGGCCUCGGGCAAGAGGAAGAAAGCUCCCCCCAAGAAGAGCCCUUUAAAUGGAGUGAGCCAGGAGGGAAAGCAGGUACAGAGAAAUGCUGCCAACGCCAGGGAGAGGGCGAGGAUGAGGGUCCUUAGCAAAGCCUUCUCCAGGCUUAAGACCACCCUACCCUGGGUGCCCCCAGACACCAAACUUUCCAAACUGGACACCUUGAGGUUGGCCUCCAGCUACAUUGCUCACCUGAGGCAGAUCCUGGCCAAUGACAAGUAUGAGAACGGCUACAUCCACCCAGUCAACUUGACUUGGCCUUUUAUGGUAGCCGGCAAACCCGAGAGUGACCUGAAAGAAGUGGUGAACACAAACCGCUUGUGCGGCCCGACGGCAUCCUGAGCCCCGCGGCCGGGCCAGCAGCGUCCUUCCCGACGCGGCCGUGGAGCGGGCGGCGGGGCGGGCAGGGACCCGCCGCGGCCCCGCCGCUGCCCCGGGCCCCGGGCAGAGCCACGGGGGGAACCGAUCUGCCGGCGCAGAGGAGAACAAACGUGCCCUAGCAAAGACUCCAUCCACCCCGAGAGAUCCUGACUCUAUUUAACUUUAUUAAAUGCGUGUACAGUCGAGUGUCCUACAACCACAGCCUUGCUGGUUCAAGAGCUACUAGAGAAAAGACAGAGAUCAAACAAAACCUACCCCGCGUGUAUCUUUUGUCUGAGACCUGUGAAAUAUGUAGAUGCCUAGAAAAACUGACUUUGACAGUCAUCUCUAUGAAAUAAUUCACCCUAAAGAUAUAUAGAUAUAUUUUCUUCAAGCAGAUUCUGCUCUAUUUCUGUGAAUAAACCUUCCUUUCUACUGAGCACGGAGCCGUGUUAAGUGUUCGUUUGAGACUCUCGGGCUCGGCGGGGGAAGGACUGAGCCUCC